AUCUGGUCUAAGGUUUUGUCAGAACGUAAUUUGUUAAUUCUUUUAGUUUCUUUUCCAUUCACUCCAUGAAUACCACUGUGCACCACUGUGCAAUCUUUCUUGUGAGUGCAUGUUUAAUCACAAAGAUAUUCAUCUCUUAAUAGACUGUUGACAGCAAAAAAGACAGUUGUUUGGUAGAUUUAACCAACAUUGUCUUUAGAUUUUGGUAUUCAAUUCAGUUUUAGAAUUUACCAUGGCAUUAAGCCAUUUACGGAAACUUUUAAACAAUCCUGGGCCUUUUGCAGAUGCCUAUGACCCAGAAGAAGCAACGAAAGCGAUUCAGACAACAAAAAUCCUAGUCGUUGGUGCUGGAGGUUUGGGAUGCGAGAUACUGGUAAAUCUUGCCUGUCUUGGAUUUGAGAGCAUUGACGUAGUCGAUAUGGAUACGAUCGACCUGACAAAUCUUAAUCGCCAGUUUCUGUUUCGGAAAAAGGAUGUUGGUCAGCCAAAAGCCCAAAUUGCUGCUGAAGCAAUUCAACGGCGUAUGCCCAAUUGUCGGGUUACACCAAUCGUAUCAAAGGUUCAGGAUAUUCCUAUGGAUCAACUUUAUACAUACGGUCUCGUAAUCUGCGGUCUCGACUCGGUUGAAGCUCGUCGCUGGGUAAAUGCAACUUUAGUAUCUAUGGUCGAUGAUGACGAUCCGCAGUCCUUAAAAGCUCUCAUCGACGGAGGUUGUGAAGGUUUUCGUGGGCAGGCUCGUGUCAUUUUACCGACAAUUACAAGUUGCUACGAGUGUUCACUCGAUAUGCUACCGUCGAAAAAAACAUACCCUAUAUGUACUAUCGCUAACAAGCCUCGACUUCUUGAACACUGUGUUGAAUGGGCAUACGUGUUACAGUGGCAGGCGGAACAAGGCGAAAAAGACCCUUCGUCUGAGCAGAUCCCGUUCAAUCCCGAGCUCCCCGAACAUAUGGAUUGGCUCGUUCGAACCGCCUCUGAACGUGCGAAGGAAUUCAAUAUUCCCGGCGUCAUUACCCACAGUUCGGCUCAGGGGAUUGUGAAGAACAUCAUUCCUUCCGUCGCCUCUACGAACGCCAUCAUCGCUGCUGCCUGCUGUACGGAAGCCUUCAAACUCGUUACUGGAUGCAAUCCAAUUCUCGACAACUAUAUGAUGUACACAGGUGAUCAGGGUGUCUAUACGUAUUCAUUUUCGCUAGAAAAGCAGAAGGACUGCCCGGUUUGCGGCAUCGAGGCAGUUCUCUUGCCUGUAUGUGGAAACGAACCUUUGUCAGCCGUAGUCAACCGACUGAAAGAAAAGUACCGCCUGUCCAACCCAUCGCUCUCACUUACACCGAAUUCCUCGUCAACUCCCACUCGUCCAUUGUACUAUGCCGCACCUCCUUCUCUUGAAGCAAGUACGCGUUCCAACCUCUCCAUAAGCAUGCGCGAGCUGUGUCAGCAGUGUCGUUCGUUAACGGUAACCGACACACAAUUGCCCGUCAGUAUGAAGGUGGUCUUGAGAUGGGAAUAACAAUAAUGUAUAUGAUGUUAAAAUGAAAUGGAAUGAAACAAACACACAGCUGGAUACGAACGAAUACUUGUUUUGUUGAAUUAGCAAAAUAGCAAUUACAUCAUUUGUCGCCUAA